GUCAUUUGCUAACAUGCCUCGUUUGAUUCUUGCAAUGGAGGACAAGAAUCCUGGGUCUGUUUUUGUGCCUAGUUACGAAGAUUUCUAUGGAGGUGCUAAACGCGUGUUUAAGAGACUAUUUUGGGCAUUCAAACCUUGCAUUGAUGGUUUCACCCAUUGUCUGCCAAUAAUCCAAGUUGAUGGCACCUUUCUGACCGGCAAAUACAAGGGCACUCUACUCGUUGCCACUAGUGUUGAUGGCAGUAUGCAACUUUUCCCCCUUGCUUUUGCUAUAGUCGAAUCGGAGAACAACUUAAGUUGGGCAUGGUUUUUUUCCCAACUAUACACUCGUGUCACUCAACGGAAGGACAUUGCCAUACUUUCUGAUCGACACCAUGGAAUUAGACAUGCUUUCUACGACCUGCCCGAGGAGCUAGGGUGGAAGUGGCGAUGGUGCAUACGACAUUUCAAAAGCAAUUACGGGAAGCACUUUGGUAGAACUUAUGGACAACGUGCAGUUUGGCACGCUGCUAUUGCUUUUCAGACUCGAAAGUUUGUAGACAAAAUGAAGAGCAUAAGGGAGGUCCACUCUGAAGAUGCAGAUUGGCUAGAAACUCAUCCUUAUGAGAGG